AUGAAUUUUAGAGGUAUUUUGUCGAAAAGUUCUUUGAGAUCUGCUUCUUCAGGGAAAAGCUUAACUCAUUCAGAAGAAGUUUCCAAAUUACAAAGUGAAAUAGAGUUGCUGAAGCAGAAUAUCGAUUCUCUGAAAGUUUCUGUUGAAAGCCGAGACGCAGCUAUUGGUACUUUAGCUCGUGAAAAGGAAAAAAUUUACAUUGAAUUAAAAAGUGCACAAAGAACUAACAGAAAUUUGCAUCAGCAACUAGUAGAUGAAAGGGAUAUUCAUUCUAAGGAAAAGGAGUUUCUAAUAAACGAGAUUAAGAGACUUUCAAAACAAAAUGAAAAUGAGAUGAAGUGUCAACAAAACGAAGAUGGUCAUUGUGAUCACGACAAACAAUUAUUGGAUGAUUUAAAGUCUAAGGAUGAAGUUAUUUAUAAUAUUGGUAUUAAGUAUAUGAAAAUUAAAUCAAGCAAGACACUUCUUCAAAAGAAGCUUGAGAAGUUACAGGUUCAAAACAAGAAGACAUGCGAGAAAAUUAUUUUUCUAUUACAAGACAACAGAAAAACUUUGGAUAUUCUUCUAGAUAAUUUGCUCAAGAGUUCCACAGUGUCACCGAACAGCAAAAAAUAUUUAAAUCUCUUACAAAUAAACGCUAACCUACAUUAUGAAAAUACACAACUUAAAAUUUAUCAAUCAGUCAAAGAUUCACCUGAGAUCCCACAACAAGAUCACGGUCACGAUCAAUGUGAUAAAUCUAGUUCAGUAGAACUACCAGUGAACACAUCAGCCAAACUUGGGAUUAAAUCUGACGGAAAAGUGAAAACCGUUAUCGGAAUGGUGCUGGAAGGUCGCCGUCGUCCAAUUCAUUCGAAGUUAAAAUCGCUUCCUAAUCAUGAUGGUCCUAAAAACAAGAAUUUUAAACAUAUUCAUCGAACAUUGUCACCUAACAUUCGAGGCACUUUUUACAGGUCUGCGUCAGAUUCUUGUAUCGUAAGAAGGAACUUAAGUGAAUUUGGAAUAUUAGUAACCUAA